AAGGACCGCCGCUGGAGGAGCAUUUCCGAGGCCGAGCCGCACGCGAGAGAGAGCAGAAGCUGCACCCGCAGGACAAAUAAUGCCGCCGAGUGGGCCCCUGAUGCACCGCAACCCAGCCCGCUCAUGUUGCGGCUCGACUUGGCGCUGAAGUGAAGGACGACAUUUAGGCAUGUCUUGGGGCCCAGGUGGAACUUUUCUGCUGCCUCUUCUGGCUCUCAUUUCAACUUCAAAGGCUCUGCAACUCUCGACGCAGCAAACUUUUUCGGUGGCCGAGGAGACACUCGAGUCUGCUCUGGACACGGUGACGAAAAGUUACUCGUGCGGACAGACAGCCGAGCCGUUCGACCACCCCCACAUGCUGCACAACGCCACCCCCGCGUUGAUCCAACCUCACCUGCAGACGGCACUUGAAGCUGGUGCUUUUCUCUCUGUGUUGCCCCCUGACGUGGGUCCCAAGGGGUUAGGUCUGCUGUGGCGCACCCUGCGCACUCCUCGCACCCCCGCCUCGCCGAUAGGCCUCGUAUUUCACGACACUUCCAAAAAGCUGGUGUGGUUCCUGCGAGAAUCGGGCCGCACAUUCUACAGCGCUUCGAACAACACUCUGGCCCAGCGAUACUCUCAGCUGGCAGGCGCCCUGACCACCCCUGCCAAUAAUUCCACUACUGGCCCGCUCUGGAGCCGUCCUUUCUGGGACUGCGACGCCUCUCAAUGGGUCCUGGCUGCAAUAUUCCCCGUAGCCAGCAGGGGCUCUUUGUCUCUGCUGCUGCCUCUCAAGUCGCUGGAUGUUGAUCAGUGCGACGACGAGAACGCGUCGCUGUUCAAGGGAACGCACAAGUGCGACCCGGCCACAUCGACGUGCGUCUUCGUUGCUGGCCGCGGAUUCUGCUCAGGCGCCUAUUCCUGUCGCUGCGUGGAAGGGUUCUUUGACCCUGAGGGCCCUGACAACUGGACGGGCCUUCUGCCCAGCAGCGAAACUCCCCUGGGGCCGCGCACCUGCGUCCAGUGCCCUGACGAGUGCCAACCUUGCAAGGGCGGCCGCUGCGAGGCAAAGUUGCAGCCCACCCUGAGGGCCGCCCUCUUGGCCACGCAGGCCGUCUGCAUGACCAUCACCUUUGUUAUUUCCGUCGCUGUUUUUCGCAACAGGAAGAGAAAACCGCUGUCAUCCAGCAUGUGGACUAUGUUGGAAACCAUCUUAUUUGGCACUUUCCUUCUAUACGCAGGGGUGCUGAUUCGGUAUUUCAAUCCCUCAGUGGAGUUUUGUCUUCUCGAAACCUGGUGCAGAGAGUUUGGUUUCGUUAUCUGCUACGGGGCAAUCAUUCUUAAGCUAUAUAAAAUUUUAAUUGAAUUUCGGACGCGCAAGGCACACCGCUGGGUGGUCAGAGACAAAGACCUGCUCAAAUAUUUGACAGCGAUGGUGCUGAUCGCUUUUGUUUACUUGGCUGGCCACACAGCCACUGCCCUUCACACCCUGCAAGAGAGGCCGGGGGCCUUGAUGGCCAGAGGGCGGACCCUGCAGGGUGUUUCGUUUCCGACGUGCAAACCUCUGUGGUGGGAGCUGGUGACGCAGGCCGGAGAAUUCGGCCUACUUAUUUUUGGCCUGCACCUCAGCGUGGCCAGCAGGAACGCGUUCACGCAAUAUCGGGAGCGCGAGUUCCUGUGCGCGGCCCUGGUGGUCGAGCUCCUGGUCAGCGUGCCCUUCUACGCGCUCAGGGCGUUGGCCUGGCCCCACCUGCACCCUGACGUGGCCUUCACUGCCUACGUGGCCCGCUCCCAACUCACCAACUCCAUUGUCCUGCUGCUCAUUUUCGUUCCAAAGUGGUGGUAUUGUCACUUGGCCGCCAAGCAAAAGCCCAACGCGCGGCCCUAUCCGUUGCUGGGCGAAGCUCCGGCUCCGGCCAGUCCGGCCCUGGGCGCGUGUGUGGACGCCGACUUUGCCGAAGUCAGUCUGGCCGACAUGAACCCAGAAGACAUUCGGGAAACUUACCAGGCGGAGCUGAAGCGACUUUACACUCAACUGGAGGUGCUCAAAAACAAAACUAUUCGAUACGACAACCCUCACAUUUCCAAGCGGCGCGGCGGACGAAAGGUGGCGCACAGACGCUUCUCCCUGCAGAAGAAGGGCAGCCGCGAAAAGGCGCUGCACCACAGGCAAAAGUCGUCCAAGCAUCACGGCCACCACGACAAUGAGGACGGAGGAGAAGUGUCGCGCACCCCUGAAGACUCGGUGUGCAGCAUCGAGGGCCCCAGCGCAAUCUAUAACGACGGCCCCUCGGUGGCCUACAGCGAGUACAACUACAGCCGCAAGUGAGACCCACCGACGGUCCCUGUCCUGAUAAUUAUUCUGCUCUCCAACAAUAUCAAUUAUAAUAGUACCCUAAUAUUUUUGCAAUUCACGCCUCGAAACCGACCAAUUUGAAAAGCGCGGACUAAUUUUUUUACACUAAUUUUAUCAAUCCUUUUCAUUGAAAUCGAGGCUUCAUAUCUUUUGAAAAUUAUCUCUUGCCUUAAUUUUUUCAUUAAUCAAAAAUUGAUCUCACAAAAGGGGUACGCACAUCUGAAAAUGCAGAGCAAAAAUAUCAGGCUGAUUGGACACACUAUAUUACAAAAAGAUAAGGCGGUUUUGUGCUUAAAUCCGAUGUUAGGAAGCAGCUUGGACCAAAGAUUGUAUUAGACAAUAGAUAGGCUACUAGAAAUUAAGGUCCUCAUCUUGAUCAGUGUUUUGGCCGCAGGGUUGCCGCGCAUUAAUUAAGGAAAGAAAGAAAGAGGGAACUAUAACCAGCGCAACUAAUUUAUAAAAAAAAGAAAAAGAAAAUAUAAUUAUAUUCAAGUGUUCAGUCCCCCCAGGAUGUGUAUGCAACCCUUUGUUACCCAAAAGCAGAGCAUCAUCAUCGAAAAAAUGCGGAAGAAUUAAAAAACUCAAACUUGUUGUUAUUUCGUUUUGAAUGAGAGCAUUUGAAUGAAAGAGAUAAAAGCACUGCAGAUAUAAACUCAAACAAAACUAAGGCAAUGAAACUGUAUAAAUUAUUUUGAUGUUUUUUUUUUUAGAACAAAGUGAAAUUUGAACGUUGGAUUUUCUUUUAAACACGAGGAAUUAAUUGCAUAAUUUGAUUGAGCACAAAGAAAUGUACUGUUAAGGGGUUAACACGCCGCAUAAAUAAUUAUAUAGCCAUCAACAUGUGAUAAUGUUGGAAUGACUGGACAGAGCGAAUGUGUUCAGCUAAAUGUGCGUGCAAGUUAAAUUAAGUUUAUGAAAAAUAGGACAAAACUGUGUAAUAGCUAUAAAAAAAUAUUAAUAAUUAUAAGCUAAAUAAAAAUUUCCCCUAUUAUGAUGUGGAAA